GGCUGACUGGGUGGCUUCGACUUUCCAGGAUGUUUCAAAUUUACGAUAAAACAGAUGUACAGAUUCACGGCAAAUAUAUAUAUAUAUAUCAAUAAAUACAUCAAAUAUUCCCUUUUCUGAAGCCUAUGACAUGGAAGUUGAGUCUGGAGCUACGGACUGUUAUCGAAGUGAAGAACGUAGACGACUACUGCUAUGCUGAGAUGGCCAUCAACUUCCAGCAAAUCACCAACGGAGAUAAAGACGAAAACUGCAAAUGAAGAUGAGUGAGUCGAAUUUCCCAACAAUGUCAUUUUGGAAGCAAUCAUAAGCACCGAAAAGAGUGUUGAUGAUACAUCUGACGACUUUUUUGAAUAAUGUAAAGCAAGAGCCGCCAUGAUUGUUAGCUUGAAGAAGGCAGUGGAGUUCACAUCAGAGGAGAUGAAAGAAUGCAAAAGUCAAAUGAAGAAAGUGGAAGAGCAAAACAAGUUCUUGUGUAAAGAAAAUAAUGAUGUGAAAGAAGAGAUGUUGGUGAAGACUGAGAGAUGUGCAGUGUGUGAAGAGAAGACUGGACCACAUGUCUACAUCAACGUGCAGAGGAUUGGAGACGUCCAGCAGCUGAUUGGUCAUCCAGAAGAACUUCCCCCUCAAUCUCCUGGGGCGAGCUCCACUUUGAAGCAGGAAACUCCACAACCACCCCACAUUAAAAAGGAAGAGGAUGAACUCUGGAUCACUCAGGAGGGAGAGUGUCUUCCAGGACCGCAGGAAAAUGAUCUCACCAAGUUGCCACUGACUGUUGUCUCUGUGAAGACUGAAGAUGAUGAAGAGAAACCACAACUAGACAACCUCUUAGCUCCACUAUCAGAUAGUGAGGCUGAAGACGAGGUUGAAGUACCUUUGAGCAGCGAUACAGACUGUGAAAGUGAUAUGAGGACUCACACUGACAACAAACACUCUGAAUGCUCUAAAAAGAAAAGAGACGUCCAGCAGCUGAUUGGUCAUCGGGAAGAACUUUCUCCUCAGUCGCACGGGGGGAGCUCCACUCUGAAGCAACAGACUCCACAGUCACGCCACAUUAAAAAGGAAGAGGAGGAACUCUGGAUCACUCAGGAGGGAGAGUCUCUUUUCGAACCGGACAAGGCUGAUCUCACCAAGUUGCCACUGACUGUUGUCUCUGUGAAGACUGAAGAUGAUGAAGAGAAACCACAACUAGACAACCUCUUAACUCCACUCUCAGAUAGUGAGGCUGAAGACGAAGUUGAAGUUACUUUGAGCAGCGAUGCAGACUGUGAAGGUGAUAUGAGGACUGACACUGACAACAAACACUCUGAAAGUUCCAAAAAGAGAGGUAAAACGUGUUUGAGAUGCUCGAUUUGUGCUAAAAGUUUCACUAAAAAGUACAAUUUGACUCAACACAUGAGAAAACACACAGGAGAAAAACCAUUCAACUGUUCAGUAUGUGGUAAAAGCUUUAUGAUAAAGGGCCAUUUGACGCAACACGUGAGAAUACACACAGGAGAAAAACCAUUUAAUUGUUCAGUUUGUGGUAAAAUCUUUUCUCAAAAGAGCAAUUUGACUCAACACCUAAGAACACACACAGCAGAUAAACCAUUUAAGUGUUUAGUUUGUGGUAAACGCUUUACUCAAAAGAUCAGUUUCAUUCGACACAUGAGAAUACAUGCAGGAGGAAAAUCAUUUAACUGCUCAGUUUGUGGUAAAAGCUUUUCCAUACAGGCCCAUCUAAAUGAACACCAGAAAAGACACACAGGAGAAAAACCUUUUAACUGUUCAGUUUGUGGUAAAAGCUUUUCUAAAAAGUGCCAUGUGACUCAACACAUACUGACACACACAGGACAAAAACCAUUUAAUUGUUCAGUUUGUGGUAAAAUAUUUUCUCAAAAGAGCAAUUUGACUCAACACAUACGAACACACACAGCAGAUAAACCGUUUAUGUGUUCAGUUUGUGGUAAAAGCUUUACUCAAAAUAGCAGUUUCACUCGACACAUGAGAACACACACAGGAGAGAAGCCAUUUAAUUGUUCGGUUUGUGGUAAAAGCUAUACUCAAAAGAACAGCUUCACUCGCCACAUGAGAACACACACAGGAGAGAGGCCAUUUAGUUGUUCAGUUUGUAGUAAAAGCUUUUCUCGUAACAGCUAUGUGACCCAACAUAUGAGAACACACACUGGCGAAAAACCAUUUAAAUGUUCAGUGUGUGGCAAAAGGUUCCAAAGCAAUGCCCGCGCAGUAAAACAUAAAAGAACACACACGGGAGAAUAACCAAUCAGCUGUUUAAUUUCUGUUAUGUUGCUCUUAUGCGGUGACAUCCACCCUACUCAGUACCUCCUCUAAAUAAAAUCACUCUCUUUCAAAAAUAUCAGACUUUUGUACAAAUUGGGAUUAUUUGGAGCUUAGUCUUAUCCCCUCAUGACACCAUGUCUUCUGUGUAUAUAACUUUCCUGAAUAUGUAAAAUAGAUGAUGCGUGUCGUGCUUGGUUACCCCUUCAGACGUGACACAUCUGGGACCUCAUAUAUUAAGACUUGUGUGGAUUUCCUACUAAUAAAAAGGUAUACGUUCAACAGGAAACAUUGUACGCACACACAAACAGGUAGCCGCUGCAAUGAUACGUUAAACUUUACAAGAGGUGGGUGAUUCUGAUUACCCCCAAGAUAUAUACUUUGUGUAAUUUAUUUAAAAAAUGUGUGUAAUUAGAGUAGCCUACUCUCAGCCAGAUUAGAUUAUCAUGCAAAAAUAUUGUAAUAUUUGAUUUAAAAUAUUUUAAAUUUAAACAUGCCAGUACAUCAAAAAAAGAUA